GCAAUUCAGCAAUUCAGCAAUCCAAUCAUCCAGCAACAAAGCUUUCAAAGCCAACUCAACUCAACUCAUCAAAAUGCGCUUCAUCGUCUCUCUCCUCGCCUUCACUGCCGCGGCCACCGCAACCGCCCUCCCGGCCUCUGCCGCAAAGAACGCGAAGCUGGCCACCUCGGCGGCCUUCGCCAAGCAGGCUGAAGGCACCACCUGCAAUGUCGGCUCGAUCGCUUGCUGCAACUCCCCCGCUGAGACCAACAACGACAGUCUGUUGAGCGGUCUGCUCGGUGCUGGCCUUCUCAACGGGCUCUCGGGCAACACUGGCAGCGCCUGCGCCAAGGCGAGCUUGAUUGACCAGCUGGGUCUGCUCGCUCUCGUCGACCACACUGAGGAAGGCCCCGUCUGCAAGAACAUCGUCGCUUGCUGCCCUGAGGGAACCACCAACUGUGUUGCCGUCGACAACGCUGGCGCCGGUACCAAGGCUGAGUAAGACGGCUGCCGAUGUCGCUGUCUGGACGCUCCUAGGUAUCUUGGAGAGAACAGACGGGCUCAAAAAGUCGAGAAUGGGUCUUAGUUCUUGCCGUUGAUGCAACACGAAUAGUAGUAAUCAGUACGUUAGUACUAUAGUACUAAUAUAAUAAUAAUAAUUGGUGUUGUUCGGAUUUGUUUCC